UUCCAAGAGGCUCGUUCGAGAAUGUGAAUUGCAAGUUGAUCAACGAUCGAACUGUUUUAUUUAUGUUCUUGACAGAACAAUCGGAAGGCAUCAGCAAUUUCUCAAGAGAAUUCGGAAUUAACGAUCGAGAAUACAGAUUCAACAUGGGGAAAUGUACAAAGUCACAACCUACAGAAAGUCCUAUGCAGGAAUUUAGUAGCAGUACGAAAAUAGCUACUGUCAUGAUUGGAGAAUACAAUGAGAAGGACGAACUAUACAAUCCCUUCGAACACCGUGAUAAGAAAAAUUCCAAUUCAGACUUCGGUGCUCUAGCUCACCUAUUAAAAUCGUCUCUUGGUACCGGAAUCCUUGCUAUGCCAAAUGCGAUUAAGAAUGGCGGAGUGUUAUUCGGUGGAAUCGGUACUAUAAUAAUCGGUAUAAUAUGCGCGCAUUGUGUCCACAUACUGGUUCGUUCGUCCCACGUGCUAUGCAAGAAAACGAAAACACCACAGAUGACAUACGCCGAGACAGCGGAGGCUGCGUUUUUUAAUGGACCAAAAACAUUAAGGCCAUUCGCGAACGCAAGUCGAAUAUUAGUAAAUAUUGCAUUGUGUGCAACUUACGUGGGCGGUACGUGCGUCUAUGUGGUAUUCGUAUCGACCUCGAUCAAACAGGUUGUGGACUACCACACCGGCAUGGACAUACAUCUUCGCAUGUACAUGCUCACGUUGAUUCCUGCAGUGUUGCUGCUGGGACAAAUUCGAAAUUUGAAGUAUCUGGUACCAUUCUCCAUUCUGGCCAACCUUUCCAUGAUGGUCGGUUUUGCGAUAACUCUGUACUACAUCUUCAGUGGAAUUGAACCACCACAGAACGUAAAGCUGAUAGCGUCGGUCGAACACUUGCCUGUGUUUUUCGCUACUGUGUUAUUCGCCAUCGAGGGCAUCGGCGUUGUGAUGCCUGUUGAAAAUAGUAUGCGGAAUCCGCAACAUUUUCUUGGUUGCCCGAGUGUCCUGAAUAUAACGAUGACUAUAGUGGUAUCUUUAUACGCUAUACUUGGUGUAUUCGGUUAUUUGAAAUACGGGGAAGCAGUUGACGCAACUAUCACGCUGAACAUACCAAUAACAGAAAUCCCAGGACAGAUGGUGAAACUACUUAUCGCUCUAGCGGUUUUGUUUAGCUACGGAUUGCAGUUUACCGUGCCAAUCGAUAUAAUAUGGGGAUUAAUGAAAGAGAAAUUCAGUCAUAAAUAUGAAGGAAUAUCUGAAACAGCACUAAGAAUGUUCAUAGCUUUGUUUACAAUUGCUGUGGCAUGUCUGGUUCCAAAACUCGAACCCUUUAUUUCCCUAGUCGGUUCAGUAUUUUUCUCCAUCCUUGGCGUCACAAUCCCAGCAGUCGUGGAAACAGUUUCGUGCUGGGAUGGCCACUUGGGUAAGUAUAACUGGAGACUUUGGAAGAACGGUGGACUUUUAAUAUUUUCUCUCUUAGCGCUAGUAUUCGGUUCAUGGAUCUCCAUCACAGAUAUAAUCAAAUUGUAUCAAUAAAGUAAUGACCUAAAUCUAUUUAUAAUUGCGUAUCCAAAAAGAACUUAAUGCAAAAUUAACACGUUCACUAUGUACGUCUCGUAUCCGAGUCAACAUACAUAUCCCCGUUCAUAAGUAUCAGAAUACUGCUCGUUUUGUACGAAAAUUAAUAUUUGAUGUAGAUUAUCGAAAAAACGAUUACUUCGUCUUUUUCAAAUUUAAAGGACCGAAUUUUGUAUUCACGAAAGAUAAUGAUGCAAGACACAUAAUGGGGCUGAUAAAAAUUUAGACUUAAUGACUAAACUAACUAGAAGCUCAUUGAAAAAAUUUGGAAUGAAAUUAUUAUAAGUAGGAAACUGUGGCUAAAAUCCGAUUUUAAGAAUUAUUUUAAGAACUGAUUUUAAGAAUAUAUAGUAUUCAUAGAAUCAGAUAACAAUAAACGUACAGGAAAAAUGAUGACACGAAAGAAAUUUUUGAGAUAAUUGUCGAGGAUAUUAUUUUAAUGUUUCACAUACGAGUUCCUUACCGUGUAAGAUUUUUAAGUGAGGUAGUAAUUCUUAACGAUUCUAAUAAUUUCUUUAUGAUUAUUUAACUUCUAGUUUUUCGUUAAUGUUCUAAUACUUAUGAAUUGUGAUAUAGUCUUACGAUAUACGAUAUAUGUGAUACCUACUUAUCAGACGUAGAAUACAAAUUAAAGAUAGCGAAAUUUGUAAAAGAAACUUUUUUAAUAAUUUAUGUAAAAAAACGUAUAUGUAUAAGUGUAUACGAUAUAAAAAUCGAUUUUGUACGAAAAUUAUUUGUUAGCAUAGAUUAUUAAUAGUAGAAAUUCGAUGAGAAGUGAAUGUAUUGAAGUUAUUAAGACUAGAUCUUUUUUAAGACGCUGUCGAAUAUCUGUACAGUCAUCGUGACAUAUUAGCUAUCAUUAUUUAUCAUUAACGUAAUUCACAUUCCCAUAGAGUAUUUAUUUUUAAGAGUAUUCGUGUACAUUGUGUAUUUAUCUCUGCGUUAUACUUAAGCAUUUUUGUAAUUUAAAGAAUAUUGUAAGAUCGUGAAGUAUUAUAAUUAAUUUGGCGAUCAUAAGAUUAGAUCGUAAUGGAAGAAAAAUCGAGAAAGCGUAUCUAAUUUUAAAGAGGAUAAAUAGAUAGGUGUUUUGUAUUUAUUGUAAAUAUUCAAGCUAGAGAUACAGUAUUUUUUAAACUAUGUAGUAUGCUUAGAUAUGAGUUUAGCAAUAAAGUAGAUUAGCGUUCGUGGACUUAUUGUUAAUGUAGUAGUGGUCGCAUUUUAAAAUCGUAGUAAAUUUCUAAAAAAGAAGGUAAUAUACUGUUAUUUAUUUACUUGUAUAAACGAAAAAGUAAUUUUCUUGCCUAUGUGUAUAAAUUUUAAUAAAUAAUCUAAUAUUUUUACUUUAAGCGAACGGAUGCGACUGUUAUUACAUUAAAUUUGUAGGAGUAAACAGUAUGCAACAUCGUAAAUUGUAAAUUUAUCACUGUAUAAAACAUUAAAUCUAUAUGCAUUUUUUUAGAAAUAAUCAAUCAUUUUUAAGUACUCUAGUGAGCUGUAACUUUCUUCGUUAGCAUCGUGUCUACUGUUCAAAAACAUCCGAACACUUGUUCAACAUUGACAACACAUAUUUUAAUCAUAAAAUUCCGGAUAAAUCAAACUGUAAUGAUUUUAUUUUGUAUAAUCGACAUGGCUGUGUAUAAUAGAAUAUGAUGAUGCGAUUAAAUUUGCUUGUAAAUGGUGAUACGCAAUAACAAAACUGACAUUUGUAAUUGUCAAACCUUUCAGAAUUAUUUUUUUAUUUGAGAAACUUCUUAUUCUCAAAUCAAUUUCUGACUUGUAAGUCGGAUUAACAUGAUUUUUCUAACUUGAUGAAAAAACCUUUGGAUGUUAAUACAAAUAACAAUUACAUACUAAACGUAUACAUGUAGUAAAUAACCAGAUGAACGUAGUAUUGCUACGUUUGUUAAUGGUUAAGCCGUAAAAAGAAACUAAACUAAACUAAACUAAAUUUUCAGAAUACUUGUGAACUGUAGUGUACAUUUAUUGAAAUGCCUCAAAUGCUUGUGCACGUGAGGGUCCCUGUGCGAUAUUAUCGGAUCGUGAAUUUGAUGAUAUUAGUAACGACUCUGCAAAUGUUGGUUGUGUUUUGCGUUUUGUACAAUUACAAUACAUUACAGCGACGAAAGUCAAAUGAAUUCCAAUCAUCAAAGGAAUUAUGUUUAUAUACCGAAAAAUUUUUAUUAGACGAAGCGUUUGAUAUGUGAAUCCUAUAAUCGCCAACGUUGGCGUAUUUCCCUGUAAAAUAUUUGUUAGAUAAUUAGUUCGUCUAUCGAUAUCUGAGAAAAAUUGUGAUUAUAUUUUGUACAUUUUGAUGUGAUCUGGACCAUGAUGUAAUGAAAGAUUGUAUUCAUAAAUUAACAUCUGUUUGUAGAAAUGUAUAAUGUUAUUCGAUUUCUUUGUCAGAAUUUUCCAAUGACAACGAAAUAUCAGACUUUCUUAAGAAUGAAAAGUGAAUAAAAUAUAUUAAAUCAAA